AAUCAGCCCCAGAAAACAAGAAAAGAUUGGAUAAACCGUCCCCAUCUUCAUCUCCUUCCGUUCAUCAUUUCAUCUCCCACCCCGCCGGAGCUCAAGCUGCAGAGCUUCCAUGUCGGCCGCAGCAGCGCCAAGCUCUUCGCUCAAUCUGGUGUCGAACCUCCGCCCUCAAGAAUGGCGGCGACCCACGAUCGUCCGGCGGCGAAACUCGCCGUCUUCGGUUCACAUUCUUGUUCAAACUCAUCGUGACAAGGGCGCUCGCUCUCUUGCUUCGCCCCUGUUUUCUUCGCCGGCCGGCGGCGAAAACGCCGCGAAAGCUGAGAACCCUGAAGAGGGUAGGCCCAGGUUCAAGUGGGCCGAGGUGGGGCGUCGUGCUACCGAGGAGCAGAGGAUCGCCAUAUCCAAGCUUCCUUUUAAGAUGGGGAAAAGGUGCAAGGCGUUGAUGAGGCAAAUCAUAUGUUUCGAUCCUCAGAGGGCGAGCUUGUCGGAUGUUUUGGCUGCUUGGGUGAAGAUCAUGAAGCCCACUAGAGCCGACUGGCUCGCGGUUCUCAAGGAAUUGAGGAACCUGAAUCAUCCUGCUCAUCUCGAGGUGGCGGAACUUGCUCUAUUAGAAGAAUCUUUCGAAGCUAAUGUUCGUGACUAUACAAAACUAAUCCAUUGGUAUGGAAAGCAAAACCAAAUUCAAGAUGCGGAAAAUGCUCUUCUAGCAAUGAAGCAAAGAGGCUUGAUCUGUGAUCAGGUUACCUUGACUGCUAUGGUUGAUAUGUACAGCAAGGCUGGGCAUUUUGAGCUGGCGAGCAAAACAUUUGAAGAAAUCAAGCUGCUUGGAUUGCCAGUGGAUAAAAGGUCUUAUGGCUCAAUGGUCAUGGCCUACAUUAGAGCUGGAAUGCUUGAACAGGGAGAGAUUUUACUGAGAGAAAUGGAUGAACUAGAGAUCUUUGCUGGAAGUGAAGUUUAUAAGGCACUGUUGAGAGAGUAUUCCAUGAUUGGCGAUGCCGAAGGAGCUCAGAGGAUUUUCGAUGCUACUCAAUUUGCGGGGAUUAUUCCAGACGCAAGGCUAGGCGGGCUACUUAUAAAUGCCUAUGCAGCUACAGGACAAAGUGACAAGGCCCUCUUUGCCUUUGAGAAUAUGAGGAAGGCUGGUAUUGAACUUAGUGAUAAAUGCGUGGCCCUUGUUCUGCACUCGUAUGAAAGAGAGAACAAAAUAAACAAAGCACUGGACUUUCUGAUAGAUUUGGAGAGAGAUGGUAUUGUAAUUGGAAAAGAAGCAUCUGAAAGACUUGCUGGAUGGCUCCAUAGACUUGGGGUGGUGGAACAAGUGGAGCUCGUCUUGAGAGAGUAUGCAGCUAACGAAACCAAUCAUGGACUGUGCACUUCCUAGAUUAAUUGAGGCAUCAUCCUGGUUAGUGGCAGAAAAGAAAGUCAUUUCCUUUGUACGAUGACAGUUGUCAGGAAAGUAAUAUUUCUUAGAAAUGCAAGCUUUAUUCUGUUUCUGCCAUCAUGUUAAUUGUUUCCGAAGUUUCUACAAAUUGGGCAGUUGUUUUUUACUGGCAAAUAGAGGCUUUGCUUUUUAGUAAGCAUCUGCUCUUGGAGACAAGUCGACUAUGUUCAGACUCUUAGAGAUGAAAUGUCCAUUGUUUGAAUAUUUGCUUUGGCUUCAGGGUUGUGUAGUUCCUUUCCCUAUCAACCUAGUGAUAAAUGUGUGGCUCUUUUUUUCCUAAUUGUCUUGGAGAAUUUUUUAAUUUUUUUCCUGUGCAAGGUCUAUUGUAUGUAAACCCUGAAUUGCUGUUUGUAUUUUUUCAUCAGCAAAUCAUAUUUUACCCCCGCUUUUCAACGAGUUUUUUAACUGAUUUCUCAUGGAUUUCUUGAACUGUCUGGGUUGUAAUGGUUUUGACUGGAAAAAUUCAGCUAUCAGUGAUUUUAUGUCUGGCUCCUGAAAAUAGUGAUUUCAAUGGAAUUCCAUGUGAUGUGAAAGAUGUAAUUAAUUCUUAUUAGUUGAGUCCUUUUGUGGCAAAAGUGGGUUAUUUUCUUUUUAGCAUUCCAUGUUGAUUUCCCAUAUUUUACAUUAUCUUCGUUAACUUGUAGAGAGAACCAUACAGCUCUGACAAGUUAUGAUAUCCGUGAGUGAUGAUGUUUACUUAUGGAGCAUCUUACACUGCCAUGAACCACUACCAUAUUUGACACCUGUUCAUGCCUUUUCUCUUCUCAUAUUUUUUAAGGUCUAGAAUUUUUAUUUCACAAACGAUCAAUCAUUUAUCUUUUGAUGGUACAUUUCAUUAUAAGAACUAUUGCAUAUCGGCUGAUAUGUCGGCAUCUAUUUGUCAUUUAGCUGAAAAGUGUUCUUUCACAAUGAUCUCCUUUCUGCUGUAGGAGAGUAGACAAUUAUGGGCUUUGCUUGGGAAUUCCUUUUGGUCUUUGUAGUUCUUUUUUAAUGCUUUAUAAGUUAUUUAUGCCCAAGAGGGCUUCUUGGUAUUGGUUGUUUUACUCUAGUAUUGUUUGCUCUAUUAUGUCUGCAUAUCCAGGGAACUGUGCUUUCAAGUGAAUGAAUUGUUGAAACAUCUUUACUGGUUGAUCAUUAUAAGCAAUAGUAAAUACCAGCAUUAUCAAUGGAAUUAGAUUCUGUAAAUAGCAAUUAAGUGUCUGGAUGGGAUAUCACUGUAUAUGUAGAUCAAUUUGGCUUUCAGAUCCUGGAUUUAAUGAAAUUUCGAUUUCUUGAAUUUUUUUUUAUCAUUUUUCUUUUUAAUCAUGUGAUUUUUUUUUUUUUUUAACUUCAUUAUGGCAUGAAAAGAAGCCAUGUUUAUAGCCCGGAAUAAAGUGGGAUAGGAUAUAUACCUUAUCUUAGCUACCAUUAGGUGGAAGUGUUUAUCCUUCUCAAAUUUUCGAAAGGCACAGAUGAUUUGAUAUUAGGAAAGUCUAUUAGUUGUCGAUGACAUUUUAAAGCUUUAUCUGUUGCAUAUCAUGCUUAUCUGAGUCUGUAUAUAUUUGUACAUUCAAAUAUGAUUGUGUCGUUGUAGCUGCACUUCCAUGCAUUUUUGUUGAUCAUCAUUAGAUACAUAUUUUAACGCAACUUCUGAUAAAUGAUUCUCUCUUUUUCUUGGAUUCUGUAAAAUCAUUUUUUCAAGAUUGCUCCACCUGUUGAUCAUUGUCAACCUAGAGUAAUCUAUAUGCCGACAUAUCAAUUAGAGGAUUGAUCUUGCAGCCUCAAUGCCUUCUGACUCAUCUUUGGCAAUAAGUGAACUGGUCGGGCACAAUGAAUUAAAAUGUGAUAGUUGAAACAUUUGUUUCGAUUGGUGAAUACCAUGGCUAAUUCUGUUUUUCAAACUGAAUUUGUUGAUUGGUUAUUAAUCUUCUCAUAGUCUUUUGGGUAAUGGAGAUCAACUUUCAAUGUAAGUUUUUCUAUUUCAUUGCUCCUUAACGCUUCAGUAGUUUUUAGGCGGGUGCAAUGGGAUGCUGGAAUUGUUCUUCUGGUAAGAGCUAUUGCUGCUGAGGUGUCAGCUUGCAGACAGCCAUACCUUCUAAUGCAUGGUUUUGCAGCUGACCUGUUCUGUUCUUCGAGAUAGUACACAGACAGAGGUGGAAUGCUCAUUUGAGGAGUUUUACGAGGAUAUUCAUACAGAGUUCAAGUCUGGGGAAAUUGUGAAUUUCAAGGUUUGUAAAAAUGGUUCAUUCCAUUUGAGGGGAAAUGUUUAUGUACAUUACAAGUCCAUGGAUUCAGCUAUGCUGGUUUAUAAUUCUAUCGAUGGCCGAUUCUUUGCUGGUAAACAGGUAAAAUGUGAAUUUGUCAAUGUUACAAGUUGGAAAGUUGCCAUCUGUAGAGAGUGCAUGAAGUCGAGGUUCAAGGGGUCGCACAAGGAGAUCUAGAUCAAGGGAAAAGGAUCACUUGAGUUCUGGACGAUCCAAAGAGAUCAAUAAUGAGAAAAGAAUGACAUUCGAAAUGCAACACAUCAGGAGCAUGACGAAGAGCAGACGAAGUUUAAUUUCGAGCAUGAUGAAGAGCAGAUGAAGUUUAGUUUCUUGCUGCAUUGGAGCAGGGUAGGUUGAUUCACGGAUAUGUUCCGUGAAGAGAUCUACAGUCAAUCUUGCCAGUCAUUAGUGCCCUGGUGACAAUGAUUGCAAGAUGCGGUGAGCUCGACUGAGCACAAGUAGUUUUUUAUAAGAUGGAUGAGUGGGAUUUAGUUUCCUGGAAUUCUUUGAUCUCAAGUUACGGGGUUCAUGGGUUUGGAGAGAAGGCAAUUCAGGUUUCCAACAAGAUCAUCAUCAGUGGAAUCUUGCCAAGACCCAUAUCCUUCAUAAGUAUUUUAGGAGCCUGCUGUCAUGCAGGGUUUUUCGAGGACAGGAGGAUGUCGUUCAACUUGAUGGUAAGGGAACAUAGGAUUUUCCCUAAUGCGGCAGAUCUUCUUGGCAGGGCAAAUAGAUUGCAUGAAGCAGCCUAAAUUAUAGAAGACACAUGGAUUAAAUUAGGUCCUAAAGUUUGGGGAUUGCUCCUUGGAUCGUGCAGGAUUCAUUGCAAUGUUGAGCUGCAGAAAGAGCGAGCACAAGGUUUUUUGAGCUCGAACCCACAAAUGCUGUGAAUUUUGUUCUCCUAGCCAACAUCUAAACGGAGGCCAAGAUGUGGGAUGAGGUGAGAAGAGUGAAGGAACUUUAGAAGCUUGGAGACUGCAAAAGGUCCCCGGUUGCAGUUGGAUUGAAGUCAAAAGGAGGAUAUAUCCCUUUGUUUCAGUCAAUGAAUUGAAUCCACAGAUUGAGCAGCUUCAUUCCUUAUUGCUGAAGUUGUCAAUGGAGAUAAAGGAAGACGGCCACAUGCCACAAACUGGAAAUGUGCAUCACAGUCUCGAUGUAAGAAGGAACGCAUUUUGUUGGGGCACAGUGAAAAACUAGCCAUGGCCUUUGGACUCAUCGACAGCACUAAGGGGAGAUGAUAUGGAUUACCAAGAACUUACGGUUGUGUGAAGACUGGCACUCUUUGACGAAAUUCAUUUCCCUGUAUACAAAGAGAGAGAUCCUCGUUCAGGAUAUGAAUCAUUUUCACCAUUUCAAAGAUGGGGUGUGCUCCUAAGGUUAUUAUUGGUAGGCUGCUGGCACAAUUCAUUUGAUUAACUCUAGAACGUCACUGAAACUCAAUCAUGUUCGAGCUAUAAAUGAAGGAAUGAAGGCAUCUGGAUCUGACAUUCAACAACAAAUUCAAUCUGCCCCUACCAUGAUGAUUUACAUACAGAGGGUUGCUUGAGAACAAGGAGAGAGCGACUUGAUGUGCUGUUUGAAACCCACAUUUUACUUGUAUAUCUUUUCUGUACUCAUAAGAUCACAGUGGCUUUUGAAUCCUUUUUCAUUUUUGUAUCUUGCGGCACUGUGAUUGAUGAAUGGACGUCGGUUAGAUG